AACAGUGAGAGGCCCGCGUACCGCAAAAAAAAAAAAGAAAAGUAAAGCAGUCUAUGUGCCCAGCAUCAUCAAUUGCUAGAUCCCUCUCCUGUUUAUACAUUCACUAGGAUGCCCCAUAGGUACCUCAGCCUCAUCAUUUAAAACGGAAUUCAUUGUCUUUCCAGAUUUACUCUUACUCCUAAACUCUUUAUCAUGGGAAACUGCACCACCUUCCAUUAAUUUUCUCGUGCCAGAAUUCCUGUGCGCUGUUUGGAACUAUUUCCCUCUCUCUCUCUCUCUCUCUCUCUCUCUCUCUCUCUCUCUCUCUCACUCUCUCUCCAUCCCCCUCUCUCCCUCUCCCUCCAAUCGUUCCUCCCUCCCUCCCUUUGCUGCUAGUCAUCCAAUUCAGUUCAUCAGUUUUCUGAGCACCUUUAAAUUCGUAUCCUAUUUGCCAUUCUCACUGCAGCUGCCUUGGUUCAGGACCUCAUUAUUUCUGACUUAGAGGAUUGUAAAAAAACUUACUCUUUGCCACCUCUAGGACCUAGUCUAUUUUGCAUAUACCUGGGAGGAUGAUCAUCCUCAAAUAUAAGUCUGAGCUUAUCAUGUCUUUGCUUGAAACACUCAAAAGCUCCCUAUGUGCUGAGGGAUAAAAUCUUUAUUGCCUAGAAUGAUUAUACAAGGCCUUUCAUGAUCUAGCCCCUCCAUGUCUUUGGGAGCCUCAUCUCAUGUUACUCCUCCAUGUAACUACUGUAUUCUAAUUUAACUGAAUUACUUGAAAAACUGAAGUAACCAAAAUACAAAUACUCUGUUUGUUCAGAUUUGCUUUUAAGUUUCUCCUCCUUCUUCACAAAUAUGUUUGUCAAAUACCCAUUUCAGUGUUCAAGACUGACCUCAGGUGUCACAUACCCUGUGCAGCCUUCUGUGAUCCUUUCCGGAUAGUGUUAAGGAUUCCUCUUGACUUGCAUAGCGUCCCAUAUUUCUAUUAAAGCACAUAUUGCAUUUUUUUAAAUUGAAGUGUAGUUGAUUUACAGUGUUGUGCCAAUCUCUGCUGUACAACAAAGUGACUCAGUUAUACACGUAAAGACAUUCUUUUCCAUUGUAGUUUAUCACAGGAUAUUGAAUAUAGUUCCCUGUGCUAUACAGUAGGACCUUGUUGUUUAUCCAUUCUAAAUGUAAUAGUUUGCAUCUACCAAUCGCUCCCAGUCCAUCCCUCUCCCUCCUCCCUCCCCCUUGGCAACCACAAGUCUGUUCUCUAUGUCUACUAUGAGUCUGUUUCUGUUUUGGAGAUAGGUUCAUUUGUGCCAUAUUUUAGAUUCCACAUAUAAGUGAUCUCAUAUGGUAUUUGUCUUUCUCUUUCUGACUUCACUUAGUAUGAUAAUCUCUAGUUGCAUCCAUGUUGCGCAAAUGGCAUUAUUUCGUUUUUAUGGCUGAGUAGUAUUCCAUUAUAUAUAUGUACCACAUCUUUAUCCAUUCAUCUGUUGGUGGACAUUUAGGUUGUUUCCAUGUUUUGGCUAUUGUGAAUAGUGCUGCUCUGAACGUAGGGGUGCAUGUAUCUUUUUGAAUGAUAGUUUUGUCCAGGUAUAUUCUCAGGAGUGGGAUUGCUGGAUCAUAUGGUAACUCUAUUUUUAGUUUUCUGAGAAACCUCCAUACUGUUUUCCUUAGUGGCUGUACCAACUUACAUUCCCACCAACAAUGUAGGAGGAUUCCCUUUUCUCCACACCUUCUCCACAAUUUGUUAUUAGACUUUUUAAUGAUGGCUAUUCUGACUGGUGUGAGGGUGGUACCUCAUUGUAGUUUUGAUUUGCAUUUCUGUAAUAAUUAGUGAUGUUGAGCAUCUUUUCAUGUGCCUCUUGGCCAUCUGUAUGUCUUCUUUGGAGAAAUGUCUAUUAAGGUCUUCUGCCCAUUUUUGGACUGGGUUGUUUGUUUUUUUGUUGUUGAGUUGUAUGAGCUGUUUGUAUAUUUUGGAGAUUAAGCCCUUGUUUGUCGCAUCAUUUGCAAAUAUUUUCUCCCAUCUAUAGCAUAUUGCAUUAUUUUAAACUUCACUAAUUUUAUUUUCUCCCUGUAGCAUAUUGCAUUAUUUUAAACUUCACUAAUUUUAUUUUCUCUCAACUGUGAACUUCAUGAGUGAUUUUCUCUUAUAGUGUGUACUUUAGUCCAGUACAGGAGCAAAAUAAAUGUUGAAUGAAUGUUUAAAUUAAUUGUUUUCUGUGAGGUUGAGGGUGUUAGUGAAGAGGGGAUGGCAUAGCUAAAAAUACUGAGCCUGUGAGUGGCAUAUAAGGUGUCAAACAAGUGAGUAUGACCAGGAGAAGAUAACUUGUGAUAUAUUUUGUAACCCAGACUACCUUCCUCUACCAGAAUAUUUGGUUUUGUUUGAUUGCUUUUAGGCAGAAAUGGUAGCAAAAGUGAGAGAGAGGCCAAUUUAUAACAGUUGUGAGUACAGUGCAAAGAACUUUUUUUCUGAACAUUUGAGAGUAAGUUGCCAGCAUGAUGCCUGCCCCAUCACCUUUGAAUACUUUAGUAUGUAUUGCCAGCAAACAAGGAUAUUCUCCAACAUAAUUACAAUAUAACCACCAAAAUGUAAAAAAUUCACAUUGAUACAUUUUUUCCAUCUAAUCCUCAGACCCCCAUUUAGGUUUCUCCAGUUGCCCCAGUAAUGUCCUAUAUAACAGCAGCCCCCAACCUUUUUGGCACCAGGGACUGAUUUCAUGGAAGACAGUUUUUCUACGGAUGGCAGUUGGGGGGGGCGUGGAUAGUUCAGGCAGUAAUGCGAGUGAUGAGAAACGGCAGAUGAAGCUUUGCUCCCUCGCCUGCUGCUCACCUCCUGCUGUGCGGCCGGGUUCCAAACAGGCCAUGGACUGCUACCAGUCUGCGGCCUGGGUGUUGAGGACCCCUGCUGUAUAACAUCAGCAUUCAGUUUACAAUUACAUAUCCAUUUAGUUGUCAUGUCUUGUUAGUUUCCUUCAAUCUGAGAUAGUUCCUUGGUCUUUCCUGGACUUUCAUGGUUCUGAUACUUUUGAAAGUUACAAGUCAAUUAUUUUGUGGAAUGUUCCUCAUGAUUACAUUCAAAUUAUGCAUCUUUGGCACAAGUACCACAGAAAUAAUGAUGUAUUCUUACCAAAUCCUCUAGGGUAGCAUGUAAUUUUGAUUUGUGUCAUUACUGAUGUUACUCACUUUGAUCACUUAAUUAAGAUGGUUUCUGUCAGACUUCUCUACUUUAAAGUUACCCUAGUUCUCCUUUGUAAUCAGUAUCAAUAUUUUGUAAGAGUUGUACUUUGAAACUAUUUAAAUAUCUCAUUCCUCAUCACACGUUCAGUUUAUUCAUUACUAUUUUAUGUCAGUAUGGACUCCUAUGUUUUCAUUAGAUUAUAAUCUGUUACUAUUAUUUUUUAUUUUUAUUUUUUUGGCUGUGCUGCACAGCUUGCCGGACCUUAGUUCCCCAACCAGGGAUUGAACCCGAGACACGUCGGUGACAGCUCUGAGUCCUAACCACUGGACCGCCAGGGAACUCCCAUGACUUAUUUUCAUGCUCAUAUUGUCUCAUAUUGGUUAGUGAGAGCCUCUUGAAGAUGGUUUCUGUAUUCUUUUGACAUGUCCCCCAUAAUUCUUUGAGUACUUCCUUACUUUUAGCAAAACAGUAUGUAUUUCAGGCUCAUCUUGUACUUUCCGUAUCCCAGUCCUGAUAACAACUAUUUCUCAAGGAAGCCCUAGCUACUUUAGGUAAAAAAGAGUAUUUAGAAACCAAGAUCUGGAUACUAGGUGUGCUUAUUUUCCAUGAGUGUGCUUUUGGAGUACUGCUGCUCACAGAAUCUUUCAAAAGACAGAGCUAGGGAAUAUAUGUAUGCUUAUAUACAUACAUAAUGUCUUUAUUUAUUUUUCUAUCUUUCUCUCAUGAGUUCAUACUGAUACUUCCAGUUGCAACUCAGUACCAUAGGGUUCCUUCUUGUUUUUCUUCCUAUGUUUCUAACUCUUUUGUUCAACAUUGCAAAACUUGAUUCCCUUUAAUUUUAAUAUAUUUACUUAUUUGAGCAAUCUUCCUCUGUGUAAUCAAGCUUCUGUGGCCAUUGCUUCUGUCUUUUGUACAUGUUGAUACCUAAUUAUCCAACUUGGACACCCAUGACUUGCAUCCAGGCUGUGGCUGCUUUCCUCCUACAGGAAUGCUCUCUUCAUCCCAUGUGUGCUAUGACACCCAGAGCUGCCCUCCUGCUUAUCUGUUGACACCCUCCUCACCCUGCUUGGGUUCUGACUCCCCACACUGGGCAGCCCUGCUAGGCAGAUAUCAUCCUAUAGCUCUCACCCUACUAGGAUUUUGAUACUCUUACCUAAAGGUACCCUUUGCUCCUGCUCCUUCAACCCCCAUGGAUGUCUUGCUUACCCACUGGAACUCCAGCAUAUUAUGCUGGGCUGUCCAUCCAUAGGAAUGUCCUCUUCAUCCUGCUCAGGCUCGAAGGCCUCACACGAAUGCCCUCCGCACCCUGCUUGGGUUUCUAAUCCCCAUUCUGGACUUCCACACUCCUCAUGGGCACACUCUGCUUCCUGCUUAAUCUUUGACACCCAGCCCAGGCAGCCCUACUAUAUGGACAUUCUCCUUACUGCUUGGGUUCUUACACCCAGUGCCAAGUGCCCCUGCACAAAUACCCUUUUCCCCCUGCUCAGGCUCUGCUUCUCUGUGCUGGCUACCCUCCAUCACCUCAGUUGCUUUAGCUGUGAUGCCCUGUGCCAUCCCCUUGAGGGUGCAUUUGUCACCAUGCUCUGGCUCUGACACCCUAUGCUAGCUUCUCUGCGUUCCCUCCCAUAGAUAACCAUCCUCAUUCUGCUUGGUCUACCCAUCCCAGGAGACUUUUACUUUGCUUGGGCUCUAACCCACCACAGUAGGUUUUCCCUCUGUGUGUCAGGCUUCCCUCUUCUCAUCCUGCUUUCUUGGACUCCAUCCCACCCUUCCACUCUUCUCCACCCCUCCCCACUCCCCCCAGAUAUAGUCUUCAUUCUGCUUGGGCUCUGACACCACACACCAGGCUGUGGAUAUUUUAUUUACAUUGCUUGGAUUCUGCAUCUGAUUAUCUUUUCCCGCUCACCCUGCUUGGGCUCUGAAACCCUUUGCCAGGCCUCUGCUACCCCCACCCCCACUGUGGAUUCCCUUCUCACUCCACUGGGCUUCUGACACUCAACCCCGGUCCUCCUUACUCCUCUUGGACUCUGAACUCUACAGCUCUUAAAGCUCUAUUGAAAAGUAUUCUUGUAAGAUCUUUGAAAAUUAUAAAUAAGCCAUAAAGGUUUUAAUCGAUAGUUAGGUCAUAGAUAGGACUUUGAAAGUCUUCUGUCUAGAACAGACUUAAGUAAUAACAUCUUCUGAGAAUAAUAUAAAUAAAUUAAAGUAUAUAACAAAAAUGGUUAGUUAAAUAGUAUACUCCAUUCUGUAUCUUAUAAAUGUUGUUAUGUAGCAAAUAAUUGUGAAAUUUUAAAGUGAAAAGUAAUAACUAUUAGAAAAAAAUAUAUGAUGUACUAUGUUAAAAUGAUUGUGGAACUCAAUUUAUUUUUCUUAUUCCUGAAAUAAUUGUAAUCUAUGCUGCUGUAUAUUGUUUAAAAUUACUGUAGAAUACCAGCUUGAGGAAAACUAUAAUAAAAUAUAAUCAGGAAGAGGUGAUAUGAUUAAGUAAAUAAGUAACAGCAAACUAAUAAAUUGACUUAAACUUAGCUGAGAAAAAUUUAUUAAAACAGAGAUCACUUACAAGUUAUUUUCGGACUUAAUAAUCUUUUAGAAAACAAAUAUCCGGUAGACCUGCAGCCAGUACAUUUUCCAGUGGAGAUGCCAACUAUGAUGACUGUCAAGCCUAAAAGUGUUUUUAACAGAAUGAAUGCUGUCUCUCUUCAACGCAGAACUAUGUUGGCACAGUGGAGGUGCCAGGCAUUUUGUUUUAGAAUGUCUGAUGUGAAACCAUAGCUUUGGGAUUCACCAGCUUAUUGAGAUAGUUAAUAGAGACAUGGAAGAGUAAGGCAAUUAGUUCCCAAAUCAUUUGCAAGAACUUUUUGAAAGUCUUUUAACUCUUUUGGGUGCUUAAGUAGCUUUGUAUAUACAGUUUAUUUAUUUAUUUUAUAAUAUUCUUUAAUGUGCUGCUUUUUCUUAACAUAUAUAUAAAUUUAUUCAUUUAUUUAUUUACUUUUGGCUGCGUUGGGUCUUCGUUGCUGUGCGCGGGCUUUCUCUAGUUGCGGUGAGUGGGGGCUGCUCUUCAUUGUGGUGCGCAGGCUUCUCAUUGAGGUGGCUUCUCUUGUUGCGGAGCAUGGACUCUAGGUGCACGUGGGCUUCAGUAGUUUUGGCACGUGGGCUCAGUAGUUGAGGCAUGCGGUCUCAGUAGUUGUGUCACACAGGCUCAGUAGUUGUGGUGCAUGGGCUUAGUUGCUCCUCAGCAUGUGGGAUCUUCCCAGACCAGGGCUUGAACCCAUGUCCCCUGCAUUGACAGGCAGAUUCUUAACCACUGCGCCACCAGGGAAGUCCCUGUAAUACAAAGUUUAAAAAAAAAAAAAAAAGUAAAAUCCCAUUUUAAAAACAGAAUACAAACAUUUAUAAAUACAUUUUCCAGUAUUAGAGUGUUUGCAUCUAAUAUCAGGGAGCAUUUAUUAUUUGAAUAACUAAUAUCUGUGCUGAGCAUUAAUUCACCGUUUUUUAGUUUUUUUAAGCAUUCCCAACACAAAGUAUCAUCCUUUUUACCACAAAUACUUCCAUUUAGCUGCUUGCUCGACAAUUGAGUUCAAUUUAUUUACAGAGCUUCCCCCCACCUUUUAUUGUUCAUCUCUGCAUGAAGUUAAGUCUGUGGUAUUAGUUGUGUACAACUUUGAAUUGUUAUGUUACCUGAAAGUUAAUAAGAGUCUUCAGAAAAGUUAAAGAGUAGAUGGGCUCUGACAAUUCUGGUCUUUACUUUCUGACCCUAAAGCAGCUGAAUAUUGAAUGCUGUUAGCUAUCAGGUCAACAAAGGUAAAGUGGCGAUAAAAAUUCCUAAAAAAGGAAUAAUAAUUUACAGAGGUUUUUUUAAUACUUAUUUAAUUUAUUUAUUUAUUAUUUUGGCUGCGCUGGGUGUUAGUUGGAGCAUUCGGGAUCUUUAGUUGUGGCUUGCGGGAUUUUUUUUUUUAAGUUGCGGCAUGUGGAUGUCUUACUUGCAGCAUGUGGGCUUCUUAGUUGCGGCAUGUGAACUCUUAGUUGCAGCAUGCAUGUGGGAUCUAGUUCCCCAACCAGGGAUCGCACCCGGGCCCCCUGCAUUGGGAGCACAGAGUUUUACCCACUGGACCACCAGGGAGGUCCCUACAGAGUUCUUUUUAACAGUUCUUCUUAUUUAAGCCUUACAUAGCAACUCUGUGAAGCUAUGCACUAUCCAUGCAUAGCCUUAAUUUUUAUUGUAUUUAUUGAUUUGAUUAGAUUAUAUAGUUUAGUAAAAAGAACAUUCAUGAGCCCAGUGUCCAGACCAAUUUAUUUCUGCUACUCCUUUGUCCUGUAUCUUUGUCUCACCAUCAAAGGAAACUAAUGUCCUAAACUUUAUAUUUAUCAUUCCCUUCUUUUGUUUUAUCACAUGUGUUUUUCUUUCUUUCUUUCUUUCUUUUUUUUUUUUUUACUAUUACACAAGUUUCACAUUCUUGGUAAAAUCGACCUCACAUAAUUGUUUUGAAAUUAAGUGAGAAUAUGUAUACAAUGAGCUUUUGCACAGUGCCUGUCCCCACUCCCAAGUGCUCAAUAAAUGGUAGCUGUAACUGUAUUAUCAAUGUUGUUAUUUUGCAAAGGGAAGAACUAGAAAAGCAUACCUUUUCUCAGCUGUUUCAUUUGUUUAUCUCCCUGGACUCUUCUGGGGUAAAGUGAAGGAGUUUGGGGGUUUGAGGUCUUUUCAUUUUUUUCUGGAACUGAGCAACAUGUAAAACAAAACAGUAAAGUGGGAUUUGGUUGAUCAGCAGUUAGGGAACCAGAGUUUCUAAGUGAGAAGAAAAAAAAAUGCUGCAGUAUUAAGUUACAAGUUUUUCCUUCUCUUUCACUGCCUUGUGAAAGGCAGGAUAGGAUUUAUCUCUCCUUGAAUUUGAUGCAGUGUGGUGGGACUCCCACCCUCUCCUCCCCAUAUAGCCAGUGUUGAAGGGUAAAAGACCAAAUUCUCCCAGAAAUAAUCAGUGACAUAAAAGGAUCAUUUAGAGUUUACUGAAUGACUGAACACAUAUGGCAACCAGUCAGCCCAUUUUUACAUUGUUCACCUUCCCAGCAAACAUUGGGAAGCAUUAGUUCGCUUUCAAUAUCUGAAAAUGAUUUCAUUCCUCUAAUCGCCCAAGGCUCUGCACUAUUGCACCAACAUAAGGCAAAUUCUUGAUCUGAACUUGUUUUCUCUUCUGCCUAAUUGCUUUUUUCAUACACUUAUGUUCAUGAUUUAUGUUGGGACUUCCCUGGUGGUGCAGUGGUUAAGAGUCCGCCUGCCAAUGCAGGGGACACGGGUUCAAGCCCUGGUCCAGGAAGAUUCCACAUGCCAUGGAGCAACUAAGCCCAUGCGCCACAACUACUGAGCCCACGUGCCACAACUACUGAAGCCUGCGAGUGACAACUACUGAGCCCACGUGCUGCAACUACUGAAGCCUGCGCACCUGGAGCCCCUGCUCUGCAACAAGAGAAGCCACUGCAAUGAGAAGCCCGCACACCGCAACUAAGAGUAGCCCUGUGGGCUUCCCUGGUGGUGCAGUGGUUGGGAGGCUGCCUGCCGAUGCAGGGGACACGGGUUCGUGCCUUGGUCCGGGAGGAUCCCGCAUGCCGCAGAGUGGCUGGGCCCGUGAGCCAUGGCUGCUGUGCCUGCGCGUCCGGAGCCUGUGCUCCGCGGCGGGAGAGGUCGCAGCGCUGAGAGGCCCGCGUACCACCAAAAAAAAAAAAAAGAGUAGCCCCCACUCACCGCAACUAGAGAAAGCCCAUGCACAACAGUGAAGACCCAACACAGCCAAAAAUAAAUAAAUAAAAAUAAAUUUAUUUAAAAAAAUAAUUAUGUUAACUUAUUAUUUACUUUAUCAUAUUUGAUCUAAGUCUAUUACAUGGAUACUUAAGCAGGACACUUAUAUUGGGAUUUUGGUCAACUGAAAUUCAUAAUGAACCAUUAAGUGAGUUGAUUAAGCAUUAUUAUUGCUCAAAUUAUUAGCAACGUUAAUAGAAAAAAAUAUGAGACAACAGUCACCCCAAUUCUGGCAGACCAAGGAAAGAAUUCUUUAGAAAACAAAAGUGAAAUCAUUCCUAGAUUUUGAAAAAAAGAGUGAGAAAGAGAGUGAGUGCAUUUAAGUACAUUGCACAAGAGCAGUUUUUACCAGAUGUUACAUUGAUCUGUAUUAAAUUUGAUUAUUCCUUUGCACAGGUAUUCCAGCCUUUCAUUAUCUGUGAUGAAUUAUGACAUAUGAUAUAUUCCUCUUAAGCCUGUGUCAUUUGCAAAUUCUGUAUCUCUGUUCAAGUUGUUGAUGUAGUAACCACAUUCCUCAAGGGGGAACCCAUACAUUUUUGGGUGGUGUUGUUUAGAGUCAUCUGUUUUAUGAAGUCUACAUUUCUUAUAUUGCUCGUAAGAACUUUGUAAGAUUUUCAUCAUUUUACUGACUAUAGGAUACCUAUGCCUGUAGUAAUUUCUUGAUACAGUAGAUGAGCCUUAAAAGGGAAAUUAGAUUAGUUUGCAGUUUAGCCUUCAUAAUUUCACUUUUCACAAAUAAAAACUAUGUGAAAAGAUAUUUCUGUCCAUGAAGUUUAUUAGGAACAUUGAGAGACCUAGCUCGCUCUUGUGCAGUUCUCAGUUGUUCUUAUUCUAUUCCUCUUUCUCUUUUUUUAAAAACAGCUUUACCCAUCUAUAAUUUACAUAUCAUAAAAUUCACACAUUUAAAGUGUACAGGAGAUUGGCUCAAGAUGGCGGAGUAGAAGGACGUGCGCUCACUCCUUGUGAGAGCACCAGAAUCACAACUAACUGCUGAACAAUCAUCGACAGGAAGACACUGGAACUCACCAAAAAAGAGACCCCACAUCCAAAGACAAAGGAGAAGCCACAAUGAGACGAAUCUGUCUAUGAUCUUCUCCCAAAGGAGUUACAGUUACCUCCAUCUAGAGAACCAUCUGUAGCAUCAAUGAGUCAGACAAGUGGUGGUGAGGCAGGCUCGCCUCCUCCAGCUGUAGUUGCUGCUGAUGCUUCUUCAGCUCCCUCCUCUUCCUCCAUGGGCGGUGCUUGCAGCUCCUUUACCACCUCUUCCAGCCCUACCAUUUAUUCUACCUCAGUCACCGACAGCAAGGCUAUGCAAGUGGAGAGCUGCUCCUCAGCCUUGGGGGUAAGUAACCGAGGGGUAAGUGAAAAGCAGUUAACCAGUAACACAGUUCAGCAGCAUCCAUCAACACCGAAGAGGCACACAGUCUUGUACAUCUCACCACCACCUGAGGACUUGCUGGAUAACAGUCGGAUGUCCUGCCAGGAUGAGGGGUGUGGAUUGGAAUCUGAGCAGAGCUGCAGUAUGUGGAUGGAGGAUUCCCCCUCCAACUUCAGUAACAUGAGCACCAGUUCCUACAAUGAUAACACUGAGGUACCUCGUAAAUCACGAAAACGAAAUCCAAAGCAGAGGCCGGGGGUCAAACGACGAGAUUGUGAAGAGUCUAAUAUGGAUAUAUUUGAUGCCGACAGUGCCAAAGCACCUCACUAUGUGCUUUCUCAGCUUACCACGGACAACAAAGGCAACUCAAAAGCAGGAAAUGGAACAUUGGAAAACCAAAAAGGAACUGGAGUAAAGAAGAGCCCUAUGUUGUGCGGACAGUAUCCUGUUAAAAGUGAGGGAAAGGAGCUGAAGAUAGUUGUACAACCUGAGACCCAGCACAGAGCUCGGUACCUAACUGAGGGUAGUCGUGGCUCAGUAAAGGACAGAACACAGCAAGGCUUUCCUACAGUAAAGCUGGAAGGCCAUAAUGAGCCAGUAGUGUUGCAGGUGUUUGUGGGCAAUGACUCUGGUCGAGUGAAACCACAUGGAUUUUAUCAGGCCUGCAGGGUAACUGGGCGAAAUACAACUCCCUGCAAAGAAGUGGACAUUGAAGGCACUACUGUUAUAGAAGUCGGCCUUGAUCCGAGCAACAAUAUGACACUGGCGGUGGACUGCGUAGGGAUAUUGAAAUUGAGGAAUGCUGAUGUUGAAGCCAGAAUAGGAAUUGCUGGUUCCAAGAAAAAAAGCACUCGUGCCAGAUUGGUUUUUCGAGUUAAUAUCACAAGGAAAGAUGGCUCCACUUUGACACUGCAAACACCCUCUUCUCCGAUUUUAUGUACUCAGCCAGCAGGAGUGCCAGAAAUCUUAAAGAAGAGCUUACAUAGCUGUUCAGUGAAAGGAGAGGAAGAAGUAUUUUUAAUCGGCAAGAACUUUCUGAAAGGAACUAAAGUUAUUUUCCAAGAAAAUGUUUCUGAUGAAAACUCUUGGAAGUCAGAAGCUGAAAUCGACAUGGAAUUAUUUCAUCAGAAUCAUCUUAUUGUGAAGGUUCCCCCAUAUCAUGACCAACAUAUAACUUUGCCAGUAUCAGUGGGAAUAUACGUAGUGACCAAUGCUGGAAGAUCUCAUGAUGUUCAGCCAUUCACUUACACUCCAGACCCAGCAGCAGCUGCUGCUUUGAAUGUAAACGUGAAGAAGGAAAUAUCUAGUCCGGCAAGACCUUGCUCUUUCGAAGAGGCCAUGAAAGCAAUGAAAACUGCUGGAUGUAACUUAGAUAAGGUAAAUAUUCUUCCUAAUGCUCUGAUCACUCCACUCAUAUCAAGCAGUGUGAUUAAGAGUGAAGAUGUUACUCCAAUGGAAGUAACAGCAGAGAAAAGAUCUUCCCCUAUUUUUAAGACUACAAAGACAGUUGGAUCCACUCAACAAACAUUAGAAAAUAUCUCUAACAUAGCAGGAAAUGGGUCUUUUUCAUCAUCAUCAUCAUCUUCCCACUUACCUUCUGAAAACGAAAAGCAACAGCAGAUUCAGCCCAAGGCAUACAACCCAGAGACCCUGACAACUAUCCAAACACAGGACAUUUCACAGCCUGGUACCUUUCCAGCAGUUUCUGCUUCUAGUCAGCUGCCCAACAGUGAUGCACUACUGCAGCAGGCUACACAGUUUCAGACAAGAGAAACUCAGUCUAGAGAGGUAUUACAGUCAGAUGGUACAGUGGUUAAUUUGUCACACCUGACUGAGGCAUCACAGCAACAGCAGCAGUCACCACUACAAGAACAAGCACAGACUUUACAGCAGCAGAUUUCAUCAAAUAUUUUCCCAUCACCAAAUAGUGUGAGUCAGCAGCUACAGAAUACAAUUCAACAGCUGCAGGCAGGAAGUUUUACAGGCAGUACUACUAGUGGCAGCAAUGGAAAUGUUGACUUGGUCCAACAAGUUUUAGAGGCACAACAACAGUUAUCUUCAGUUUUAUUUUCUGCUCCAGAUGGUAAUGAGAAUGUUCAAGAACAGCUUAGUGCAGACAUUUUUCAACAAGUCAGUCAAAUUCAAAAUAGCGUAAGCCCUGGAAUGUUUUCCUCAACAGAGCCAGCAGUCCAUACCAGACCAGAUAAUUUAAUAGCUGGAAGAGCUGAAAGUGUUCACCCACAGAAUGAAAACACAUUAUCUAAUCAACAACAGCAACAACAGCAACAGCAAGUGAUGGAAUCAUCAGCUGCAAUGGUGAUAGAGAUGCAACAGAGUAUCUGCCAGGCAGCUGCCCAGAUUCAGUCAGAGCUAUUUCCUUCAACUGCUUCAGCAAAUGGAAACCUUCAGCAGUCUCCAGUUUACCAGCAGACUUCUCAUAUGAUGAGUGCGUUAUCAGCCAAUGAGGACAUGCAAAUGCAAUGUGAAUUGUUUUCUUCUCCUCCUGCAGUUUCUGGAAAUGAAACUGCUACAACCACCACACAGCAGGUUGCAACUCCUGGCACUACCAUGUUUCAGACAUCAAGUUCAGCAGAUGGAGAAGAAACUGGAACACAAGCAAAACAGAUUCAGAACAGUGUCUUUCAGACCAUGGUCCAAAUGCAACAUAGUGGAGAGAGUCAACCUCAAGUUAGCCUUUUUUCAUCUACGAAAAGUAUGAUAAGUGUUCAAAAUAAUGGUACUCAGCAGCAAGGUAAUGGUUUAUUCCAGCAAGGUAAUGAGAUGAUGUCACUCCAAUCAGGGAAUUUUUUGCAGCAGUCUUCUCAAUCACAGGCUCAACUCUUUCAUCCUCAGAAUCCUAUUACUGAUGCUCAGAACCUUUCCCAGGAAACUCAAGGUUCUAUUUUUCAUAGUCCAAGUCCUAUUGUCCACAGUCAGACUUCUACAACCUCCUCUGAACCAAUGCAGCCUCCAAUGUUUCACUCUCAAAAUACCAUGGCUGUGCUACAGGGCUCUUCUGUUCCUCAAGACCAGCAGUCAGCCAACAUAUUUCUUUCCCAGAGUCCAAUGAAUAAUCUUCAAACUAACACAGUAGCCCAAGAAGAACAGAUUUCAUUUUUUGCAGCUCAGAAUUCAAUUUCUCCACUUCAGUCAACAUCAAACACUGAGCAGCAAGCUGCAUUCCAACAACAGGCUCCAAUAUCACACAUCCAGACCCCUAUGCUUUCCCAAGAACAGGCACAACCCUCCCAGCAAGGUCUGUUUCAGCCUCAGGUUUCCCUGGGCUCCCUUCCUUCUAAUCCAAUGCCUCAAAACCAACAAGGAACAAUCUUCCAGUCACAGCACUCAAUGGUUGCCAUCCAGAGUAACUCUGCAUCCCAGGAGCAGCAGCAGCAGCAACAGCAGCAGCAGCAGCAGCAGCAGCAGCAGCAGCAACAGCAGAGCAUCUUAUUCAGCAAUCAGAAUACCAUGGCUCCAAUGGCAUCUCAAAAGCAGCCACCACCAAACAUGAUAUUCAACCCAAGUCACAAUCCAAUGGCUAAUCAAGAGCAGCAGAACCAGUCAAUUUUUCAUCAACAAAAUAAUAUGGCCCCAAUGAAUCAAGAACAGCAGCCCAUGCAAUUUCAGAACCAGCCCACAGUUUCCUCACUUCAGAACCCAGGUCCUGCCCAGUCCGAAUCAUCACAGACCUCCUUGUUCCAUAGCUCUCCUCAGAUUCAGUUGGUCCAAGGGUCACCCAGUUCUCAAGAGCAGCAAGUAACACUCUUCCUUUCUCCAGCAUCCAUGUCUGCAUUGCAAAACAGUAUAAACCAACAAGACAUGCAACAGUCUCCCCUUUAUUCCCCUCAGAACAACAUGCCUGGAAUCCAGGGAGCCACAUCUUCACCUCAACCACAGGCUACUUUAUUUCACAACACUACAGGAGGCACAAUGAACCAACUACAAAAUUCUCCUGGCUCUUCUCAGCAGACUUCAGGAAUGUUCUUAUUUGGCAUUCAAAAUAACUGUAGUCAGCUUUUAACUUCUGGACCAGCUACAUUGCCAGAUCAGUUGAUGGCCAUAAGUCAGCCAGGCCAACCGCAAAACGAGGGCCAACCACCUGUGACAACACUUCUUUCUCAGCAAAUGCCAGAGAAUUCUCCAUUGGCAUCCUCUAUAAACACCAAUCAGAACAUUGAAAAGAUUGAUUUGCUUGUUUCAUUGCAAAACCAAGGGAACAACUUAACUGGCUCCUUUUAACUGGAUAUAAAUUCCAUGAAGAAAAUCCUGAUUUCAAGAUACCCUGAGAUCUUGUGAUUCCAUGAGGAUUAUUGAACUGUUACUUUAAAAAGAAAACAAAAUAUGAAAAACUGUGAUUGAAUAAAUGGAUGGAUUUUACUCUGACUGCAAAAGAGCACACCUGUGCUGCCUAUUGCAGUGAUUAACCACCAUUGUUAACACCUUUUUAUUUUAUAUUCCUAAUAACAGUGAUGACUGAGAAUCUAUUUGAGUUUCCAGCUGACAGAAUUAAUUGUUGCUAUUUUCCUAGGCAUUAUUUCUUUAAAAGUACGGUUUAAAUUGAUAAGCUGGAUCACUCAGUUAUUAUUGCUAUUAGAAAAUAAUUCAUGUUUCAUGUUUACUUUUGUUCUUCAUUCAGAUUUUCUUUCCUGCAUUUAGUCAAGUAGUGGCUUUUGAAAAAGGAAAGUUCAAAUCAUAACUUAGGCUGUGAUUUUUCAAUAUAAAAAGCACAGCUAUUGGCCAAAGUGAAGCAGUCUUCAUUCAGUUUUUAUAGAGAAACUGAAGGGGUAACAUUCUGACAGGUAAGCUGUAUUAAGAGCUCUACACAGAUAAGAGGACUCUAUUUAUCACAGACAACACACAAACUGGGAACAGCUGGAAUGCUAUUGAUUUUAUUUUUCAGAGAGUUGUUAAUUCUCUGUGUUUCUGUUAAGGGUUUUAGCCAUAACUGUGCAUAGAAAAAUAUAAACAUCUUGCUCUAUUUAAAAAUGAAGGGGAUAAUAUAUGGUAAAUUAUGUUCUGAUAUCCUCCUACAAUAGUUAAAACUGACAGAGCAAUUCAAGUCUGUUUUCUUCUUAUCCCAGUCUUGAACUGGUAUUCCAUUUUUAUGUUCAGCGAUACUGUUCUUCCCCUCUUCUUCACUUUAUUUUAGACAAUUAGUAAUAUAUUACUAGCUUUGUGAUCCUGUAGUAACUUAAAUGAAAAGACCACUUUGAUCUGGGGUAACCCAGCAACUCCUGCAGCACAGGCCGGGGGGUAUCCUUUCAGGAAUGAGGGGAGCUGGCUCCUGAGAAACAAGAAACAAUGCAUUUUUUUUCCAUGAACGGUGCUGUUCUGACGUCUUCAAAUUUUUCCCUCUAAUAGGAAACAGUGUAAAUGUUAAUCUGAAAAAAAAAAAGACAAACUAAAAUUUCUUGAAACAUCACUUCUCCCUGAGCUGCAGUGAGUGUAAUUCACUUGUCACCUCAGUGCUUUACAGUUUGAAGUGGUCACUUAUCUGAUGGUUCCCACAAGCCUUAGGCUUUACAGGGUCAUAUCAUUGACUUAAUAUGAAGAAUUAAUUUGUGUUACAUCUAUACAGAGCAAAAUAACACACUCCAGAACUUGCAGUUGUAGCAUUAGUUAUACAGAUUUGGGUGUUCGCACCACCCAUGAGAUGCCUGCUUCUCUCUACAACCUGUUGUCUGGACACAUGCUUAUGUCUUACUCUCCUUUUGGCAUGUAGAAAGCUGUUAAUACAGUUUAAGGCCAAAUUGUGUGUGGCUUCUAUAUGUAGAUAAGAUGUUUUGGCAUUCUUGUCAGUUUCAUUUAUUUUUUAAGUGUACAAAAAAUAGCCUGUUAAUUGUUUGUUGAAGGCUACAAUUCUGUUUUUUAUUUUUUCUAUCCGAUACAUUUAGCUGAACUUUGUGGAAUUGUGGUGUUGGUUUUGUUUAUACAGUCAGAUUUUUCCCCCUUUUUGUGAUGGUCUUCCUUGGUUCUUUGUGCUCUUCUUUAAUUUGUUUUUUCUCUUUGUUCUCAUUUAUUCUUCCCUCCACCCCCAACCCUUUCUUUCUCUCUCUGAUUGAGAGUCAUUGAAUUAUGUUUUCAGUAGUACAGGCUUCUUGCCGAUAUGAAGGGAACUUUUCAGAAAGAGACCUACUCUGGGUCAUUUAAUUUUGAAUACAGUUUUCAAUCGUUCAAGUUUUGGAUGGUUUAUAUCUAAUGUGUGUUUCAUUUUUUUGGAAAGCUAUAUUUUGUAUUUAGGAAAUGGUAUACUAUUUUGCUAUUUGUACUGAGUGAGUACAUUGGCAUAAAUAUAGAAAUUUAUAUAUAUACAUAUAUAUAAACUAUUCUUUUUUUGCCACACAUUUUUGUGGUAAAUUUGUGAGUUUGUCUGAUGUUCUACCACAACGUGGCGUCUGAUAAAAGUGAGGGGGGGUUUGUUAUGUCUUUAUUGAGUAUUUAAGUAUCUUUUGAAACAAAUGACCUUUUCAUCUGUGGCCAUUCCAUCAGGCGGUUCCUUGAUGUGAUUAGUGGGCUAAAGGCAGCUCACUGUGUGUUCGCUGGAUCUUUCACUCAGCAAAACGUUAGAGUAAGGAAACCCAUCCAGGCAGUUGUGUAAGUUGAGUUUCACAAGAAUGAGCCAUUCAGUCUUUGCUCACUAUAUAUUUAAUAUUUUAUUAUUGUUGUUAUUGUUAUUAUUAAUUGGCUUUCUGUAUUCUAUGCCUUUUAUUUAUAAAGACACUAAAAAAAAAACCCAUGUUUGUAAUUUUAAUAACAUUUUCCCCAUCUUGUAAUAUCCAGAGCUACUUUAUAAAUUCUCUAAACCAAAAGCAUUUUCCUCAAUAUAUCUCUCUCUCCCCACCCCAUCAGGAAAAUUUACCCAGUAUAGUUCAGGGUAUGAGAAGGACCACACAAUCCAGUGCUCCAGUUUUAAAAUGUAAAACUCUUAACUGCAGAGGGUUGACUCAUGUCAGUAAGCUUAUCCAGUGGUAUAAAAAUAAGAAGUAGAAAUAAAAUGCUGUAAGUUUAUUUCUGAGUUUUCUGAAUUUUUUCCCAAGAGAUUACACAGGAGACUCAGGAAGUCUAUUUGUUCAUCAAGUUCCAGUUAGAAUGUUAACACUGCUGUAUGGAUAAAGUGGUGGCAAGAAGACUGGCUUGGGUGCUGACUUCUGUUAUUUAGCAAGAAGUUUAUCAUUGUAAAAUGCUGAUUGCCAAUGCCAAGUCACAGGGACCAAUUUUCUGUUUUAUAAUAUCUAAGUUUAGAACAGAACAUACACCUGAACUGUAGUGGUUUGAUUGGAUGGAGGCAGAAAACCCAAUUUUUAUUUUCAUAAGUUUUGUGGUUAUUUGUACAAGGGCUGUGCUAAGAUACCAUAUUCUUAUUCAAUAAUGAUGAUUUUUUUUUUUUACAUUGUUAAAUGUUCCUUACCCCUAAAAGGUCAAUGUUAAGUAUAGCAUUCAGAACAUACUAUUUGGUUACAAAAAGUACUCGUCUUCUUAUUGAAGAGUUAGCUUAGUAGUCAGUGGUUGAUACUUGUGCUAAUAAUGCAGUUUCAAGAUUACUGUUACAAGUUAUAUCUACAUAUAGGAGAGACUCCAUGAGCCAACAGAGGCCUUGGAAACAACAACUUAUUAAAUUUACUUAUGGCAGAAGGACCUAAAUAAACUAUAAACCACAUUUUAUUCCUUUUUAUUGUUACAUUCAAUCGUUCUUGCUUUUAGCAACUCACAUUAAUGCUUGGAGCUUACCUGUGUGUCUGCGUGAGUGUGUGCGCACGCGCACGUGUGUGUGUGUGUGUGCGUGUGUGUUUUAUUCCUUAUUGUCAUUCCAUUAUAUAUCCACACCAACAUGGGAGAAAAUAAUUAGAAGUCAUAUUUUGCUUCUGAGCUUUAUCAUGUUACCUUAUUCUAAUUACAAAUAGAGUAUCAUGUUGUUAUCUAACCAAUGCAAAUCUGUUUUCGCCAGUCUCCCUAGAACAGGUUUUUAAAGGGCUUUGUUUAUUAUAGAAGCAGUAUUAAUGAGGGACCUUCCUUCCUUUCUUUUUUUGUAAUACUGUAUACGCUGUAGUUGGGAAUUUCAUUAUAGUGCAUUUCUUGCCCAUCAGAACCUCAGUUAAUCUGCCUAGGAAAAAUUGUGUCAAAGGGAAUGAGAAAAGAAGUUAUAUUGAGUCCCUCCAGAACUAAGAUAAUAAUUCCUUUUGACCAUUUAAGCCAUUAUAGAUGCUUAUUUUGGAAAAGUGAAGUCUGUUUAGAUGCAUCAGCAAUUAUAGACCAGAAAUUAAAUGCUUUAAUAACCAAAAUCUCAAAUUCAGCAUGGUUUAUAAACAUUCACUAGGAGUAAUUUGAGAAUGUUUCAUCUUUCUGGUGAGAAUUUCUGUUCUAGUAUCUGUUUUCCAGUUGUUUUUUUUCUAAUUAAUUGAAAAUUAUAUGAGACCUAUUAGCUUUACUCUGCUUCAUGACCACAGGCUUCAUCCCUAACCAAGACAGCCACAUUAUAUCUGCAUGCCUUUGGUUAUAUGGAGAGCCUUAAUGAGAGAGAGAGAGAGAGACUGUAUAUAGUUCAUCAGCUUUAGAAUCUCAUAACAUGUAUUAAAAAUGGUUUUCUUCUCUGCUUAUUUGUGUCACUAGAGCUAAAUCAUGAAGAUAAUGUUCAUACUGUAGUAAAUAUCAGAAUAAUACCUAGAAUAUCAUUUGUGAAUUGUCCCAGUACUCUAAUUGCUUCUUUAAUCCCCAUUUGUUUUCGUGUCAUUCUAGGCUCAUUUAUUAAUAAAAUUCUAUUUUUACUCCAUUUUCUCUUUCAGGAAAUUUUUUUAAUUAAUAUUUUAGAUCUAGAUUAAAUGCUUAUGGAAAAGUGCCUUUUUACCAUGUUAGUGCCCCUUUCUUAUAAUUUCAUUUUUCACUGUUGCCAAAAACACAUAGCAAAUGACUUUAAUAGUCUCAACUUUCAUUUUUUCUAUUUAGUCAUUUUUUUCUCCAUUUCUUGAUCACCAUAGAAACAACUUCAUAACUUUCUAACACCCUUUGGCAUAAGAGGAACAGAAAAGAUACAUAGCUAGAAUUGUUUCUUUGAAGGAGGCUAAGUAAAAGAUCACAAAAUUAUACUAUUUAGCAUUUAUAGAAAUUAGCUAAAUUUGUCUUCAUCUUGACCAACUAAUAAUAGGUCUUAUCUGAAUGCUAUUGAAAAUUUUACUAUAUGUGAGACUAUGUACACAAAUAUGGAUAGUUAAAUUUCAGAAAGGAAGUGUUUGAAGCACCUUCUCUGAUCUUUAUUAUAAGAUGGGUGAAAAUAAACCACUAACACAUAGUUUAGGUAAAGCUUAGUAAUGUCAAUUUUUCUAACCAUACGGAGUCAAAUAAUUCAUUAUAGUGUACUUCUCGUCCAUCAGAACUUUAGAAAUCUGCCUAUGAAAAAUAGUGUCAAAGGAAAUGAAGUUGUAUCUGAGUCCCUCCAGAACUAAAAUAAUUCCUUGCAGCCAAAUACAGUUGGAUUGAGUAUCCCUCUGUUUUUUGUUAAUUUUGCCUAUGUUCCAGCUCCUUACCAUAGUGGUGGUGCCUGAAGAAAGAGCCAUCAGCAACAAACAGGUCAGGAGAGUAGUAGCUUAGGGAUAGAGCUGCUUUCCCCAUGUGAGUAUUUCUGUGACUGUUAGUGGCACUAAAGACUGCAAACCUUUAUGCAAUAUUCUCAAUACCCUAAUGAUAUUAUGCACUUUAAUCAUUCCAAAGAAGUCAAGAAUGCUGUAUAGUUAUGAUUCCUUCUUGAUGAGUAUAUCUUAACUGUUUAGAAUAUUUAUGUCCCUUUUUAUUUUGGAUAGCCAACUUGGUAUGGAAAUAUUUUCUAAAAAGUAUAGUAGGACUUAAGACUUUGAAAUGUAACUGACUAUAAGGGGAAAUUAUUACACUUCAGAAAAUCAUUUUAGAAACAUUAAAAUGUUCGGCUUUCUAAUGAUAUGUUUGAGAGUUAAUUAAAACCAGCCCUCUUCCUAUAUUUUUUGUUUCAUAUUAAUAGCAUUAUAGUAUAUAGUUUUCUAUAUAUAUAGUAUGUAUAAACCAAUGUUUCUCAAAGUGUGGUCCUCAGCCCACCAGCCAACAUCCGUAUCACCUGGGAACUAGUUAAAAAUGCAAAAUCUUGGGCCUUAUCCCAGACAUAGUGAAUCAGAAACUCUGGAGUGGGACUCAGCAAUCUGUUUUUUAACAAGCCUUUCAGGUGAUUCUGAUACAUGCUAAAGUUUGAGAACCACUGGUGUAAACUGUAUACAGUAAGAUCUAGAAAGGGCUUUUUUUUCCCACUCACACAGACACAGUUAUACAUUGUUUUUAAUGUAAAUUCAAUUUAACCUGGUUAUCUAUAAUCAUUUAUUGGCAAUGAUAAUUUAUUCUCAGUACUGCCUAUAGAAAUACAGUAUAUUUUAUGUACAUAUAAAAUUAGUCUAGUUAUUGAUAAUUCAGUUAGUUUGGCAUUUUCAUACCACUUACUAAAAAGUUUACAUUAAAUGACUGAUUUAAAUAUAUAGGUGCAAUGUUCUGUGUUUAUUUUAACUAUUAUGACAGUUAAGUAGCUAAUACAAUUGACGGGUGCUAGAGUCUCCUGUUUAUCCAUAAAAUGGAUACAUUGUGGGCAGUGAUAAUAAAAGCUUUCUUUUCAUUGCCUCUUACUUUACCAGCAGACCACAAUUUUGGCCCAUCUAGACCAACUCUCAGAACAAAAUUAUUUGUCAUUCCUUAUAUUUACAUUUGUAUCUGAGCUAUUAAACAACAUAGCUAGCCAGGUCAACAAAACAUCUUAUUUAAUUUCUUUUUUUAAUAGAUAAAUCUUCUUCUAAAAUAGCUUGCUUUGUAUGAGAAUUGAUGCACUAGAAAUAUAACUAUCCUUGGAACUUAUGCUUCAGACAAGAUGUUAAACAAGACACUGUAUUAUUUAAUUUGAGCAUUUCUCCCUUCCCAGUUAUAUGCAUCCUGUUAAAUGUAAACUAACCAUAAGAUAAGUAGAUUUAUUCAUUCAUUUUAAUCUCCCUGUAUAAUUCAGUACCUCCAUAAUUGUUGGUGUUUACAAAUCACCAAUUAAUAAACUCAUGUAAGAAAAGUAAACAUUUCAAAAUGAAAAUAAUUGUACACUCACUUUAUGAAAAUCACCACUGCUAUCUUUGCUUAAAACUAGCAGUGGAAAUACAAGUGGCUUACUCUGCAAACUUUGGUGCUGGAAAUACAUAGGCAAGCUGUUGGGAGAUGCUCUAGCUACAUUCCUCCUUUCUUGUUCCCCUUCCCCUCUUCCCCGCUUUAUUGCAUACUGUAUUUGUAUAUCCAAAGCAUUAUACCAUACCACAAUUCUGUUCAACUCCAACUUGUAAUAUUUCCUUUAAAGGCUCUGUGUUUAACCGUAUCACCCUGUUUUGUUUUGUUUUUUUUCCAGAAGUAACUUGCCUGAUUUGAAAUAGUUUGUAUUAUUAUUAUUAUUUUAGCUAACGAACCUCAGGACAGCGCACACACACACACACACACACACACACACACACACAUCUCAGAUGUUUGAGAGUGGCUUUGGAAUCAGACUGUGUCCAAUAAAGAACUGUCCUGCAUGGAAGUGUUUAUGACUUUCACAGCGACAAACUGAUUCCAAUGAUAUUGAGCUAAUUUCCUUUGAUCUAAUGAACGUAUCUGCUCACCUUGUUCCCUUACAUUGAAUUGAUAAGCUCCAAGUAUUUAUUACUUUUUUUGACAGUUUUUACUGUUUCAUUCAUUUCUUUUACUUAGUCUUUUAAUGAAUAUACUACAGUUAUGUUAUUAACCUGUUCUCAAGUGGUUUAGCUACCAUUCUGCCAUUUAAUUUUUUUAUUUAAUUUUAUUUGCUUGAGCACACUGAUCAACCACUGAACUGCCUUCUUCCAUUGUCCUGCAAUGAUGUAAGUAAGGGUUACAUUUUUGUGUAUAUGGCUUUCAUAGUUGGGAUUUCAGAGCACUGACACCAGAUAUUUUCAGUUUAUUCUCUGAGGGAAUUUCAUUUGCAUCUAUGUUUUUAGCUAUCUGUGAUAACUUGUUAAAUAUUAAAAAGAUAUUUUGCUUCUAUUGGAACAUUUGUAUACUUGCAACUAUAUUUCUGUAAACAGCUGCAGUCAAAAAUAAAACAUUGAAAGUUUUCA